AUGUCACAACAAGCUUUAACAACUGCAGAUACCACUCCAGUUCAAUCACACACUGAUAAGGAAUCAGAAGAUAUCCAACCAGUACAAGCCAUCGGUCAAGCCUUGCCAGAAAAAGGGUUCAAAGAUUAUAUCUUAAUUUCAUUUUUCUGUUUAUUAGUCGCCUUUGGUGGUUUCGUCUUCGGUUUCGAUACUGGUACUAUUGGUGGUUUCUUAAAUAUGUCUGAUUUCCAACAAAGAUUCGGUGAACUUAAUGAAGCUGGUAACUAUACUGUCUCCGAUAUUAGAACUGGUUUAAUUGUCUCCGUCUUCAACGUUGGUUGUUGUAUUGGUGGUCUCUUCUUAUCUAAAAUUGCUGAAAUUUAUGGUAGAAGAAUUGGUUUAAUGUUCUCUAUGGUUAUCUAUAUUGUCGGUAUUGCAGUUCAAAUCUCAUCUCAAUAUCAAUGGUAUCAAGUUAUGGUCGGUAGAAUCAUCAGUGGUUUAGCUGUCGGUACCGUCUCAGUCUUAUCUCCAAUGUUCAUUUCUGAAACUGCUCCAAAGAGUUUAAGAGGUCCAUUAGUCUGUUGUUUCCAAUUAUGUAUCACAUUAGGUAUCUUCUUAGGUUACUGUAUCUGUUAUGGUACUAAAGACUUAACUGACUCUAAACAAUGGAGAAUUCCAUUAGGUUUAUGUUUCUUAUGGGCUUUAUUCUUAAUUGUUGGUAUGGUCUUUAUGCCUGAAUCUCCAAGAUACUUAGUCGAAAAAUCAAGAAUUGAUGAAGCUAAGAAAUCCAUCGCUAGAUCUAACAAAGUCGAAUCUGAAGAUCCAUUUGUCUAUAAUGAAGUUCAUUUAAUCCAAGCUGGUAUUGAUAGAGAAGCUCUUGCUGGAUCCGCCUCAUGGAUGGAAUUAAUCACUGGUAAACCAGCUAUCUUCAGAAGAGUUAUCAUGGGUAUUACUUUAACUUCCUUACAACAAUUAACUGGUAUUAACUAUUUCUUCUAUUAUGGUACUACUAUUUUCCAAGCUGUCGGUUUAGAAGAUUCUUUCCAAACUUCCAUUAUCUUAGGUACUGUUAACUUCGUUUCUACUUUUGCUGGUAUUUGGGCUAUUGAAAGAUUAGGUAGAAGAGUUACUUUAUUAAUCGGUUCAGUGUUUAUGUUCAUCUGUUUAUUAAUCUACUCAUGUAUUGGUUCAAUUAACUUAUACAGAGCUGAUGGUUCCACUAAUCAAACUUCAGGUAAUGUUAUGAUUUUCAUCACUUGUGUUUACAUUUUCUUCUUUGCAUCCACUUGGGCUGGUGGUUGUUAUACUAUUAUCUCAGAAACUUAUCCAUUAAGAAUUAGAGCCAAGGCUAUGGCUGUUGCUACUGGUGCUAAUUGGAUGUUAGGUUUCUUAAUCUCCAUGUUAACUCCAAUGAUCACUAAAGCUAUUAACUUCUACUUUGGUUUUGUCUUUUCAGGUUCAAUGUUAGUUUCUUGUUUCUUUGUUUACUUCUUUGUUUGUGAAACUAAAGGUUUAACUUUAGAAGAAGUUGAUCAAUUAUAUGCUGCUAGAGUUGCCCCAUGGAAAUCCACCAAUUGGGUACCACCAACUGAAGAAGAGGUUGAUGCUUAA